AUGCGCAAACAUCGCGCACUUUUCCAAUUUGACGCUGGUGAAUUUGGACAAGGAUUCUCUGCGCCGAGUAAUGCAGAAGCAAUAGAGGCUACAGUACUGAAAGAAGUUGUUCCUCCUUCAGUACUUGGCAAAAUCGAAGCUGCAGCGACAAAACCCAGCACUUCUACUCUUACUCAUCUUCCAGCAAAAGCAAAAGCGCCAGCUCUUACUUCUGGUCGUCGUAAAUUUGCGUCUUCUCGAAAACGUACUACCUCCACUCCCGCUCCAGUUGAUCCAGCUACAACAACUGUGAACACCAAACGGCGACCACAAAUAUCGGUUGACAAACCCAAGAAUUGGAACAGACCAAUCGCAGAAGGUGUUCUGCCAGCCUACGAUGAGGCUCUGAAACUUAUCAUGCGAGAUUCAGAAGACUUGUCGAAGGAGGCACGGAAGGUGGGUAAAGAAAUUGAUGCUCUGGAAGCUCAGGCAGAGGCCGAAGAAGCGCAGGGCAAUAUUGAGAAGUUCAACAGCAUCCUGGAAGAGCUAGAGUCCCUGCGUAAAAAAUACCAGAUUCUCUCCGUACAAUCUCAGAUCAACAUGCCUUCAGUUCGCUGGACUGUCAACAAUGCUCAGUUAGACCCUUGGAAUCCUGCCCACCUUCAUCUUGCCGAACAACGCUGGCGAGGACAAGGCGCGCUCGACCUUCUCAUGGAACGUAUACACCAGAUGCACGUUGUUCCGGACUUGCUUCCUGGUGUCCAUCCUUCGCUGGAUCUCCAUGUCACCGUCCCGUAUCCAUUGAACAAACAAUUCAAGCGGAGUAUGAAGAGCGGUGGAAAGAGCAUCGUCGGCGUCGAGCCUGGCAGUUUCCUAUCUCCAACUCAGACAGCUCGUGCACCCGGGCUGUGGGCUCAUGCCUGGCACUCUGAUGUGAGACUGUAUACGAUGGUCAUGCUUGACCCGGAUGUGCCUAACGAGGAGACGAGGUCUUUUACGACGUAUUUACAUUGGAUGAAACCAAACAUACCCGUUUCUGCCGUCGCUGACCCUCGCGCCUUCAUAUCACCUUCACUUCUUAAUAGCCACACGACGUACGUUCCUCCACAUCCACAGCAAGGAACGCCGUACCAUCGAUACACCAUCCUUCUCCUUCCUCAACCAGCGAAAUCUGUGUACUCUCUGAAUACUGAGGCUAAAAUUUUCAAGGAUUUGGCGAAUCAUAAUGCAGAGCGUGAGACGAUCGGGGUUCGUAUCAAUGAGCUCAACACGAAGAAAGCUAAAGCCAAGGGUCAAGGUGAAGUAAAAGGACUCACUCCCGCUGAAUUUGAAGAGCUGAAAACCCUAUCGAAACAAUUCACCACCACUCACGCUGAACUGUCCGUUUCCUCGCCCACAUCAUGGCCUCUCCCUUUGCUCAAAGAACACACCACAUCUCAAUGGCUCGACAUCCCUGUCGUACCAGAUUCUGAACGCCGUGGGUUCAACCUGCGCCAAUUCAUCAGGGAGUGGGGUUUAUCUGGCUCUGAUGAUUCAACACUCAAGGAUAUCGGUGGAUCCGCUCUUGGAGGCGGAACCUCCGGGCAGUCUCUACCUGGGUUGAGGGCGCAGGUGAACGGCGGUAAAGGUCUUGGCACUGAAGAAAAUAAUGCAGUUGUUGUUGGCGGGGGAGUACAUAUGUUUAGAGAGUUGUGGGAUGAGACUGUUAGUGGGGUGUUCGAGGUUUCGGUUGCUGAGGGUCGUGAAAAUGAAGCGAAGUACGCACUGCCGAAAAAGGUGGAUCGGUACGAGGAUUUAAAGGGUGUCAGGAAGUACAUCUAA